AUGUGUUUUUUACAUUUAGAGGUGUGUAUCAAAUGCACACCUUCUCCAAACGAAAUCUCCGAAUCAUUGCAAUAAAAGAGCUCUAAAGUUCUGAGAGGAGCCGGUCAGUGCACUAGUUCAAGGCAAGUGCUUUCAAAAGGACACAGGAUUCAUGCAGGCUCUCGUUGCAAUCCCUGACGUAAGGUUCAAUCGGGAUCAUUUCCAUUACCCUGUGAUCAAUGAUACACGGUCAACUUGCAAAGUACAUUUGCAGAAAGUGAAGACAAUAUACAGCUGUGCUAUUUGUGGUGUUAGAUUGUGCCAUGUGCCUUGUUUUGAAAGGUAUCACACACUGCAAAACUAUGUUUAUGGUGAUGAAAGUCGUGAUGGCCCCAGUGGCCAAAAGAAUGGAGAAGGAGGCCAUAUCAAAGAGGAAGAAGAAGAUCUUUGAGAAAUUUUUUAGUGUAAAAGAGCAAUUAUUAUGUGCUGUAGAAGCACUUGACUUAUGGUUGUAUGACCCAUAGAAGAACUCUUUCCAGGUUUUCAAUAUUUUUAUUUCCUGUGAAAAGAUAGAGGGGCCGCAGCCAGGAUAAAACAUCUUAUGAAAUUUAAAAAACGAUCUCUGGCUAAAACUUUUAAAAAUACGAGCUUUCAGCUGUUUGCACUACAGCUUUUCAAUUUUUACCUUGUACUUCACACCUAGUAUAUUUUUUACCUUUUUAUCAUUUUACCUGUUGGUAGCUUCAUGAGAGUGAAAAGUUAAAAGUGUAAAGAAAAUUGCUCAGGCCGCAGAGCGAAGGCAAGCAAUCUGAGAGUUGUCAAAGCGGCCAGUACAAACAAGGGCAGAUAGCAAGAAAACAGAGCAGAAAGAGAGGGUGA